GCAGGAUAUUAAGGAUAUUACCUGAUAUUCGGGAUUAUCAGCAGGACGGAUCUCAAGUGGACCGUAAAGAAUUACUGGAUAACCAAAGACGAAGCUCAUAGCUCGCGAGGGAUCAAUUAUUAUGAAUUUAUAAAAUGUUCUCCUCUGGGGACCUUUCUUCCGAGUUGGACGAUGAAGAAACGGCGCUUAGGAGGCAAGAAGUUAUUACCCAACAGCCCAACGAGACCCAGGACGAGGCGAGGCCUAACCAGGUGAGCAGCAACAGCAGCAGCGUCGUUGGCAGGGGGAGGAGGUGGUGGGGCGGAGGGACCCAGUAUGCUUCCAGCGAGACCUCGGCCCCUGCUGCCCCUCCUGCCCAGGGUAGUGGAGGGGGAGGCUUCAGCCUCAACUCCAGGCCUGUUCAAGGACGACCUCGGCGCCAUCCCUCCUCGCCCUCCAAGACUCGAGAAAGCUUCCUACAGCGUGUCUCAUCAUUAACGGGUGCGGUCAGAGGCGAGGUCACGGGUCAGUCCAGACCAGCGUACAACAAGGACAGAUGCUUCACCCUAUUCGUUAUAGAUGACCAAAACACAGACUGGUCGAAGUACUUCAGAGGGAAGAGGAUCCACGGCGACUGGGACAUCAGAGUGGAGCAGGCCGAGUUCAGGGAGAUCAGCGUCACGGCAUCCUCCGACGGGGGAGUCAACGUCUCCAUGGUCGUCUUCAGAAAUGGUGCCAAGGUCGUCAGGAGAGCAUCCCUCCUGCUACCAGGAUAUCCUGUAAUACCCGUAGGGUCCCCCCAUAUUUUCCCCGUGGACAAGCCAUGGGUCUUCGCACACUUACUCGAAGUUCAGAAACGACUGGGCAAAGAGAACUUCCCACUGAUAGAGCAGAAUUACUUCCCUAACCACAAGGAAAUGCUAUCGGCGCCGCGGUACCCGUGCGUCUUCAAGAUCGGCCACGCCCACGGCGGUCUGGGCAAAGUCCGCGUGGAGAGCAACGCUGACUUCCAGGACAUGGCGUCAGUCGUGGCCGUCGCCAAUACCUACUGCACCACCGAGCCUUACAUCGACGCCAAAUUCGACAUCCACAUCCAGAAGAUCGGGGGAAUGUACAAGUGUUUCCAGAGAAAAUCCAUCUCGGGCAACUGGAAAACCAACACCGGCUCUGCAAUGUUGGAACAGGCAGCCAUGACGGAAAGAUAUAAAGCAUGGGUCGACGAGGUUGCAUCCCUUUUCGGAGGACUAGACAUCUGCGCCAUCGAAGCCAUUGUCGACAAGGGCGGCAACGAACACAUUAUCGAAGUGAACGACUCCGCGCUGACCCUCAUGGGCGACACGCAAGAGGAUGACAGACGCUACAUCGCCGAACUGGUGGCCAUCAAGAUGCAGGACGUCUGUGAGCCACAGAGUGUGACCCGCCCAGCGGAACUGACCCGGGGCUCGUCCAGGCAAUCCCUGAGUGGGACGAUGUCUUCAAGGGGCGCUUCCCCCACGGAGGAGACCUCGAGGCUCGUCAUGGGCGAGACGCCCAUCCCAGGAGGAUCACCCAGCCAGCAGCGCAGAGACUCACAAGCGUCGCAGUCGAGCAGCAUAAGCGGCUUCAGCAGCGCCAGCGGCACCAGGCGCCAGACCGACGACAUCAGCCAGUCGUCGCAGCAGUCGGCCUCCCAGAAGCCCAACAUCUUCGGGCGCCAGACUUCCAUGCCGGCCGGCGGCGCCGGCGGGGAGACGGGAGGAGGCGGCGGUGGGGGCGGCGACGACACGGAGGACACCAUGAAGAACCUGAGAAAGACCUUCGCCGGCAUCUUCGGCGACAUGUAACCGACCAGCGACGCCCUAGGGUUUUCGAAAUGGGUUUUUGUGCUUUAGCCAGAUGAUGAAAAUAACGAUGAAAAUAACGAAAUAAAAAAAAGAUAAAUUGUUUAUUAAUAAUAAUAAAAGUUGAUCAUGUUUCAGUCUAGGACUAACGUUCAGAUUUGAUGAUAUCACUCGCGAGUAUAAUAAGCAGUUUCACAAGAUCGUCGGCUCAAAGUUUAGUAUUAGUUCUUUAAAUAAUCUGCCUUAACAUAAAGUACUGUGAGGAACAAGACACGUGUAGAUAGCCUAUACAUGAAUAAUUCCUGUAUGAUGAGGAUAGCAUUAGCAUUCCAACUUAAGCUCAGUCUUAAAACGCAGAUAAAACAAACAGCGAAUCUUCCACCCUUAGUCCGUCAUUCAUAAUGCUAAACACUGUGCUCUCAAUUGUCCUACCUCCCUCCUUGCAUCCCCUCAUCCCAACCCUCCCAAAAAACUAGCUCUCCAACCUCCUGUCUCUUAUCUGAAAAAAAAAAAAAUUGCGAUGCCAGAUAUCUCAAACCAGUCCUAACAGGCAUCAGUUCGUGAACACCAGCAGCCAACAGGGUCUAUCUCCUGAAGUCAUAAGCUUCCGACACCAUAAUCGAAUUCUCCAGCAUCAGAGGAACAAAGUUUAGAAUCCGUUCGUACAUUCUAAAGACAUCAAUAGUUCGCAUUACUCUUCUUAAAGGAAAAGGAAAAACUUCAUACACUGGUCACGUCGGCUUUGCGGUAUAGCAUUGCAAGGCUUGCAGCUGCUUAAUUAACUUACAUUUGCAUCGUAUGGGUUCUUCGUGAAUUAAAAUUGAUUUAAAUUAAUUGCACUGUGAAUAACUUUCUGUCGCAGCAUUGAACUAUAAUGCUCUUGACCUUUGUAAUAGAAUGCAAGACCUCUGUUUUCCAAAAGACGAAUGCGUGCUUUUCAGAAAUCAACGGUUUGUUGAGAAAUGAAUAAUGUUCACCAUGACAGUCACAAAUGGUUCACAAUGAAGACGAUGAUGGUGAUUAUGAUGAUGAUAGGAGAAAAAUAAACUAAGACGCAAAAGAUAGCUAAUAUUUAACGCUCCCAGUUUGAUGCCGACGAAUCAGGACGUAGGAAGCGAAAGAAACCUAGUUCAUAAAGUAAAUACUAUUACUAGAAGUCUAGGCUGAGCUUAUAGAUCUACUGUAUAUCUAGACACUGGCUUGCGCCAGUGCUGCAGUAAGUUGCCUGUGUUGAAAGAGGAAUUUUAUGAAAAUAAAUGUUUCUAGAAGCGAAAGAAAGAUCCCUUGCACGAAAGCAUUGUGUUUCAAUUAUUGUUGGACCAAAAAAAUGAGCCUCCAUACUGAUUUCUUUAUUUGAGUCCAGAAUUUCAUAGACUGGUUAUGCAAAAAACCUUAUCCUAGCUCUUCAGAUACCUAAGCAAACUUGGGCCCCUAUGAAUUGUAGUCUUGGCGUAAUGUUAACUAGCAAAUGAGGAGAGUGUAUCAACCUUUGUUUAAACGGCAGUGUUCAUGGGCAGGCUACCUCAGACCAUACCCACAGGAUUUCAUUGAAAGUGACCUGACUAAUAUAGGAAUCAGGGUGCCUUUAGUGUUGGAAACCUUUUUGUUUUUCCUGAUCAGUAGAACUUUAGAAUGCAAAGAUUCUUAGUCGUUUCCUGAUCUUAGGAUAGUUCUUGGUUUCUAAAAGUUUUCUUUUGAACAUGAAGAGCGUGAACAGUUUUUAAAUUGUUGCAAUGUCUUCUUUUAUCUUUUGGAUGUGUAGAGGUUUUGCCCGAAGGGUAUAGGUAUUCUAAGUUACCGAAUCGAUAUCUGGAGAGAGUAUAACUGUAUUGCCGACCUUGGAGGAGGCUUGCUUAGGCGUCUGAAGCCAAAGAGGAAUAUCUCGAGUGAUUGAACCAGUUUGUUGGGAUCUACGAAUAUUUGAUAACUACUAAUGUUGUUAGCAAUAUGCUCUGUGUUGUUUUAAAACUUGUGGGUGGAAAACUUCUGGCUGUUUGUGCUGUGCGUGGAAUUAAUGUGUUUGUCUCUUUAUUGACCUCUCAUUGUCUUUCCCAAAUAGAGUUUUGAUAGUCCAUAUGAAAAAAAAAUAUAAUCACCAUCAACGGUACUGUUUAACAAGACUUGUGUCGUCGAAGGAAUGACUGCUCAUUCCUCCUGGGAUACAGCUAUCGCCAAGCCAUCUGAAAUGCGACCCCCAGUAUUCUGAUUGGUUCUUUUAAGUCUGAUAGUAGAAGGGAAAUUUCUUUGCCAAUUCUCCUGUAUUCCAGAAUUUCGUGAUCUUAGUUCAUACUUGAUACUGUACUUUCGUGUGAUGAAACGUCACUUUUUGAGUCAAAUGAAAUUUUCUUUAAAGAUUUAUGAUGAAAUUCUUCAGCCAUAGAUCCUCAUCGUUCUCUGUCCGUCUGACACGGCUUGCUCGAAAGGAAGUUACAAGUAAAAGUUCAUUGUUAAAACAAAUGGUAAUAAAAUGCAGUCGUGAUCAGGAUGUACAGACAAUGAAAAGGAGAGUGGCAGACGCAAGACCAUUUGUGAAAGAAACAGUAUCGCUGACGGUCGGAAGUAAUCCUGUUGUUCGGUGUGGGACAACACAUGCCUUGGUAUAUAUAGAAUACAAAGGAGAUGCCAUUUCAAGAAAGCAGGGCUUGGCGACAGGUCGUGACGCCAGAGUUCCUAUUCCUGGUAAGGAAGAGAUUGAGAGGCGUCUGUCCUGACGCGAAUCAUUGAGCAGCCAUCUGUAAAUGGCCUAAGAUGUUUAAAAGACAUGUAUGAAUUGCGUUUUCCAAAAUGGUUCGUACAAUAUGCAUAAUUUCAAGAUAGUGUAAUUUUUCUAACUCUCUCUCUCUCUCUCUCUCUCUCUCUCUCUCUCUCUCUCUCUCUCUCUCUCUCUCUCUCCCUUGCCUGGAAUACCGUCUGUGCCUUUGCGACAUUCCAAAGCCCUGCCUUUGGGAAUCGGCAAAUUCCUGUGUAUUGGUACUUCUGUGUUGAACAUACGCGUGCUUUGACCAAUGAUUAGCAAUUCAACCAUUUCACUAUCCUGUGUAUCUUAGGGGGGAUGUUGAUAAAUGUGGGUUAUGCUGUGACUGAAUGAAUUCAAUGUCGUUUUAUUGCAAAUUUACUGAUCCAAUGUUCGAGUUACAUCAGCAACAUAUUUUCUCUCAAGUGGGUUAAAUAGGUCGUAGAAUUCAAGUAAAAUUGAAAUGCAAAAUUAUAAUUAAUAAGGAUGGAAAUAGGCCUUGUGAAAGCAAAUUAAAUUUAUCGGAUUAAAAAGAGACUAUUGGAUUUAUUUAGGUUAGGUUAACAGCUCUCGAAGCUUUUAAAAAAAAAAGGCACAAAUUCAUUACCCGAGUGACCUGAGAGUAGCAUCCGGGUCAUCAGUGAGCACAAUUAUUAAAUGUAAGAAGCUGUAAUUCAUAAGAAAAUAAUAUUUGUGAGCUGCCACAGUUAACCAAAAGUGAGAUCAAAAUUCCGUUAUUGGUUCAUCACUUGCUGUAGAUAUUCAAAAAUAUAAAACUAUGACAAAAAGAUGAACAUUGCACCGUGCUAAGGAACAAGUUAACAAAUGACCUCAAAUCGAAAAUUGAUGAAAGUAGAAUUCCAGAAAUAUUAAUGACGACUGAAAAAUUUACUUGAAAUUACCAGGUCCUUGAAGCAUGAAAAUUAACAGUAGGAAAUGAAAAAGAUUCCUCCAUUGAAAAACAUCAGCCACUCGUCGCUUAAUUUGUUUUUUGAUAUCGGAAAUAUUAUUAGCAGCUAAUUGGCACUGCCAUAGGUGUGUAGAUUCCUCUCAGUACUGUCUCUCCAAUCUCCAGAAGCCUGACCUUUUUUUUUUUCAUUUGGCACUCCGUUGGCUCUUGCUUAAUGAUCUUCUAAGUUACUACUGAAUCGCAUAUUGUUUUGACUUAAACUAUGUAUUGUAUUGACAGACUUUUACGAACUAGAGCAAACAAAUUAUGCAUCGGGUAAUUACCCCUAAAAUUGAUAAUAGGUUACCUCUCUGUAAUAGUCUCAUACUGUGCUGUUUUAAGAAUCUUUUGUUGUACUCUGAAAAUAGAACGUAUCUUCGAUCUGAAAUUAUCCGAAAAGUGUAAAUUAAGCCAGUAACAAUAAAGUUAGAUUCGCAGCGAAUACUUAACCCAUAAAAGUAAAAUUAAAAGAUUACUAAAGGACCGAGCUUCAAGAUACAGGAACUAUGUAGUGACCAGGUUCUAUGCACAUUUGUGAUAAAUCGACCUAAAUUUCUAAAGAGCAGUAAAUUGCCCACUUAUUAAAACCAUUAUUGUAAAACCACAAAAACAACAGGAAAGCAGGUUCCAGAAGAAUUCCUUACCCUCAAAAAGAAUUAGAAUAUCUGCAAAAGAAAUUAGGACGAAACCAAAUUCACUUAACAAAAGGGAAGACUAGUAAUUUAAGGACCCGUUACACGAAAUACUAGAGAGUUUAUGUUGUUAUAUUGUUAAUUACACAUGCUUACAUAUCAUUGCUGUUUAGUGCGUGUUGCAGUUUAUAGCAUGUUGGCAUUCAAAGAAAAAUGGCGUCUCUAACACUAAAAUAAACAAGAAAAAAUCGCUUCCUUUUACGUUUUAAAUGAGAUUUUUACGUACUGAAGCUUAUAAUGAGUAAUUCACUCCAUUUUUAAUUAUUAUUUUAGGACUCAUCGAUCUGGAUUAUAAUGCGUACAUACAAAUAUUGAAAGUCUCCUGAAAGACUGAAAUCUACUAUAUAGAUUUUUCAGUGGCUAUCGUCAUCACUCCUCCAGUAUGGAGUAAACAAAAUGUCGGAAGAAUCACACGCAACCGAUUUUCAAUUCAAAUUCUCAAAAAGUCUCAUUUGAUAUUCAUUACCAAACUUUUCCCAUUCAUAAGGACGAAUGCAAAUAGAAUUAAGCUCCCACCCGUGUUAAAUCUGAUUAAAACUCCGGAGAACUCUUCCAGCUUUAGAAACUGUAUUUUGAAAUUUAAGUUAGAGUAAUACUAAGAAUAACAAAUGUAAUCCAGCUUUAGAAACUGUAUUUUGAAAUUUAAGUUAGCGUAAUACUAAGAUUAACAAAUGUAAUUGCACUCCUUUAACGAGAAAUUCCUUAAUAACAUUACACUAAUAUCCAAUGACAUCCAUUUAGGUAUAAAGGUUAAAACUAAUAACUUCAUACACACUUUUUUUAAAGGGUCUGUUUUUUCUUAAGCUUCCCCAUAAAAUUAAUGUUAUUCAGAAUAUGAAAUGAAUUAAUAUAGCAUUCUUGAGCCCCUCCCCUAACAAAACAUAAAGUUAGAAAUGACAAAAAUUAAACACUUGUCCAUAUAAGGUACAGACUAUGUGGAUGCCUGAUAUAGUGUAUGUUACACAUCUCAAUAUCUUACUGUAAGAGGAAAAUUAAAAUGUUUGAAAAGUACCAAUAUUUAAAUGAGAUUGGCGGGGAUUAAUAUUGCGAAUGAACAUAGGUGAAUUAGCUGUUUAUAGGUAGAGUGUAAAUGUAAUUAAAAUCUAAGUAUUAUGUAAAUCACGAACUGCUAUUCCAGUUCAGAUUAUCAAAAUAGCCUUGAGUCCAUAGAUUACUUUGAGCAUAAUAAUAUAAUAAUAAUAAAUAAGAGUAACAAUAAUGACGAAGAUAAUAACGAUAUAAUUGCAUAGUGCAAAAACAUAUUAGCUGGUUUAGUAUAAUUUCUAUCAUUUGAUAGCAUUUAAGGAAGUCUAAGCUAACGGAUUGUGUUAAAUCACAUUUUUCCAAUGAUUUUCCAAUUUUGCUGGAUCAUUGACAAACCUAGUUGCAUGUUUGUACUGUUUUUCCGUUUUUGUAUAUCGAGACCAAAUACAUUUCUAGGCAAAUGUGUACUAUACAAAACACACUCACUCUUAGGCCAACCUUCACAACACACUACACGAGUGAUCCCCUUGGGUGUAUGUCAAAGCUGUGCAUGGUCAUUGGUCUGAUCGCUACAUGAUGAGCUGGAUACUGCACGGUGAUUGGUUCGUUUAAAUCCGCAACCGACUUCUCCAGUCGCCCCCGCUUUGAAUUCCGAGCACCCUGUGGUUUUAUUAGACCACCCGUCAUUGGUUGUGCACAGUCACCAGCUACUAUUUGGAUGCGUUAUAGGUUUCUUUCCCGAAAAAGGGGGGGCUUCAAUGAAGGGGAAAUACGGUGUUUUAAAUAGGGCCUUUUUCGGGUGAAUCAAGUCCCAGUUCAAUGCAUGUUGUUGAUGUUAACUUUUAAAUUGAAGUAGAUAGUUGUUAUGGCUUAAAUGUGAUUUAAAAACAUAUAAAACUAAUAACAAAGAAACACUAGGACAUUAAAAGUAUUCCAUUAACUGGUUUAUUAGUAAUAAUUAAAUUCACUGCCACAGUAACACAAUCAACUAUGAAGAACUAGCAUCCUCUCUCAACGAGAACACUUGAUAUUUCAUUCAGUCCUUUUCUUUUCAUUUGAUUUGUUACUUUUUGGAAUCUCUUGUUUCCACUGUUAGCGCGGUUGUUGAACAAAUAAAAGACGCUUUUGUUGCUUUGUACAUUGAUAUCCCUCGGUUUCUCUCGAGUUUCCUUCGAUUGGUUCCUUUAUAAGUGAUAUUGACGAAAAAGAAACCCUUUUGUAAAUAAGUCUCUGUUAAUGUAAAUUUGUGUAAAUAUUUAUUGCUAUCACAUUUAUUAAGAAUUUUAUUUCGUUGUUCUUGUGUCGUGAUGUUAGCACGGCAUUUGUAAGAAUAAGAGUGAAUUAUGUGUCGUCCA